AACACUGUUUGUGCUGUCACUAACCAUAAAAUAAACAAGUAGAAAAAAACCAUAAAUUAAUCGGCUCACGCGCAUAUAGUUCGUAUUAAUUUUUGUUCUUUUAGAAACUUGAAAGUUUCUUGUGGUCUCUGUAAUUUGUACUAAUUUACAUAAACGCAGUACCAGUUUGUUAAGAUGCCGUUGUUCAGUGGCCGUUGUUUGAGUACUGUCAAAUUAGUGGGCAAGACUGCCGUUAUAACGGGAUGCAAUACGGGAAUCGGCAAAGAGACCGCCUUGGAUUUCUACAAGAGAGGUGCUAAGGUUAUAAUGGCAUGUAGGAGUAUAGAAAAGGCUGAACAAGCAAAGAGUGACAUAGAAACAAAAUGCAAAGAUUUAUCUAACACUGGCAAUCUAGUCGUUGUGAAGUGUGAUCUUACAUCAUUGAAAUCUGUGAGGGAAUGCGCACAGGAAAUCCUAGAUACCGAGCCACAGAUAAAUAUAUUGGUAAAUAAUGCCGGGGUGAUGAUGUGUCCCAAGGGCAAGACUGAGGAUGGUUUUGAAAUCCAAUUUGGGACCAAUCACUUGUCUCAUUUUCUAUUGACCAUGCUGUUAUUGCCGCGCAUUAUAAACAGCAAGCCUGCCAGGAUUGUGACAGUUUCGUCAAGGGGACAUACAAGAAGCGGCAUUAAUUUCGAGGAUCCAAAUUAUGAAACCCGACCGUAUAAAUCUAUAGAGGCGUAUGCACAGAGCAAACUUGCUAACAUAUUAUUUACAAAGGAAUUAGCAUUGAAAUUAAAGGAACAUGACAUAGAAGGCGUGAACACGUACAGCCUUCACCCAGGAGUUAUAAAGACGGAACUAGGCCGCCAUCUUGACAAUACAUUGUUCCCUGGCGCGCGGACCAUCAUCGGCCUGUUGUUCACACCAUUCACGAAGUCAAUCGAACUCGGCGCUCAGACCACCAUCUAUUGCGCCGUCGAUGAGAAAUGUGCUGACGAGACCGGCCUGUAUUACAGUGACUGCGUACCAGUAAAACCUUCACAAGACGCGUUAAACACUGAAUAUGCGAAGAAAUUAUGGGAUUUGUCGGUGAAUUUAGUCGGUCUCGGGGACUAUAAUCCCUUCACCGCAGUGGACGAUAAAUCGAACAAGUAGUAACUGAAUCAAAUUUAAUUUCAUAUAUCUCUAUGUAUAACUGAAAGACAGAUGUUGCAUUUUUUUUUAUAGUAUUAUGUACCUACACUUGCUAGUAUUAAGACAUUUUUAUUCAAUUGACAACUCGAAAGACUCAUGACGUUUCGAUUAUAUUCCAUUUGAGAAUGAUAAUUACAAUUAUAGAGCAUAACCAUGUCAUGUCUGUGUAAAGAGGUCUUUAAAACGUAUUUACUAUAGAGAGUGUAUAUAAGUAUCGCUGAAAAAUUAUAACAGCAUAUACCUCAGGCAAGAGCCAUAAUAGAAGAGGUGAUCUAAUGUAUGGGGCGUGAUAUAUUUGACGAUGAUAUUGGUAUUUUAUUUUAUAUUUACUGUUGAGUUGUUCAUAUUUAUAUUAUGUUACCUAUCCGGUAGGCUUACUGCCAGUUUGUUUAGCAUUCCCAAUAAAUAUUCAUGCGGGGUAUGAAUGAGGCCUUAAUUAGACGAUACUUUAUAUUUUGUUAUACAUAAAUGUUUAACUUAAUAAUGAAUCCUUGACUUAUAAUUAUGUAAAUCAUUUAUAAAAUGGUUUGUAUAUAUUUAAUAAUUAUGAUUCUUUUGAAAUAUCAUUUUUUGGAAAUAAUUUUUAAUUAUAUGCGUUCAAUGACAGGAGAAUUUUGUGUUUUGGUAUUGCGAAAAUAUGAUUUAUGCCAGAAAUAAAAAAAAAAAAAAAACUACCAAUUAUUCUCGUCACAGUGCUUAGAACCAUAUCAAUUUUAACUGAUCUUAUUAUCUGACAAUCAAUUAAUGGAUCAGACGUUUUGAUAUUUUCAUACAUUUUUGUAUAGAUUAUUUGCUCACAUUUAAUAGAUUCAUAGGUCAUAAUUAUUUGAUUGCUACUAAUUAAGUUUAGGGGGUACUGUAUUUCUUAUAUGUUACUCAUUUUGUAAUGUAAGAUUUAUAUUUAGUUAUAUAACUUAAUAAUAAAUAUCUAUCUUAUAAAAAAAAAAUAUAAAGCUAAUGUCACAAAUAAAAUAUGUUUAAAGUAACAAUAGUAAUAGAAUGUAAAUUGUACUUUGUACUGAAUUCACUUUUUUAAUCUGUUUUAAUUGUUGUUAUUAUUAAUUUAUUAUGCAUGUUUUAUUAAGAUUAUAUAAAUGUUACAGGAAACCAAGUAUAUUCAUACGUUUACAAAACAAAGUUUAAGUAAACAAAAUAAAAACAUAUUGAUUAGA